AUGCCGUCAUUCGUGCUGUCGCGGGGUAGCUUUAUCCUCUUGGUGGCCGUCGUCUGUCUGGCCUACCUGCCUGGCAAGGUCGCCGCUUUUGGCGCAGGAAAUAUCCCUUCCAUUGCGCAGGUCGAGGGCUUCAACUGGCGACAUGGAGAUAUCGAGGACAUGCUUACGAGCCUUGCAUUUUUGCAUGGUAAGAAAUGGAGUUCCAUGAACGUGAAGCGUGUGUACUUUGGCAACUGGCUGCGCGAUUAUUCCCAGGCUGUCGAUGUUGGCAGUCUCAAGGGAGUCAACGGUGCCACCAUUCGCAUUCUUGUUUGGGUUCUUUCUUUCAUGGCCCACGGAUAUGCCACCGAUGAGUUCGAAGUCACCGAAGAACGUCUGGGCUGCUACCGACCCGAAGAGCACAUUGACAACCCUCUUGGCUAUGCCGAAGGCGUUGAUGCUCGUACGCUCGACCCGCGCCUCAGAGGCCCUGUUCGGCCUGUCGAAACCGAAAUUGACAUGGAGACUGGCAUGAAGAACUAUAUCAAGAACGAGAAGGGUGACUGGGCGACGAGCGCUGGCUACUUGCGAUUCAGCAUCGCUCGUUGCAUCCAUUUCGGUCGUAUCUAUACCAAUGGCGACAAGGGCAAAGGACAGGACGAGAACCUCUGCGAAGCUCUCCGAUGCCUCGGCCAGGCGUUGCAUUGCUUGGAAGACUAUAGUGCUCACAGUAACUACUGCGAGCUUGCACUCCGAGAAUUGGGACACAACAGUGUGUUCUCUCAUUGUGGCACCCAAACUGAGAUCAACGUUCGCGGCAAGAGAAUCUUUCCUAUCGUGACCGGAACAUUUGGUGGUGUGGAUUUCCUCCACUCCGUCAUUGGAGAGGCCAAUGAUCAUUUCACUCAGUCCGAAGUCGACGAGGUCGACAUUGCUCUGAAGAACGCUGAGGCUGCCAGAAGCGGUGGUGGUGGCUCGACUGAUCGUGGUUUUCUCGGUAUUUCUGCGCCAACCGAUUUCAUCUCUUUGGUCUCGAAGCUUCCUGGCGAAGGGGACAGUUUUGCUUCCCAGGCCAGAGAACUCCAAGCCAUGUCUGAGGCACAGGAACAGCGAAACCAAUCAAUGGACCGAGGGGUGGAUCGUACCAGAGCGGAAGGAAAUACCAACAUCGUUCCGGGCAUGAGCCCCGACUUUGACCCUGUCAAGACUGCUAGGCAGAUUUACCCGAUUCUUCAGUUCAGAGACAGAAUUGUCAAGACGAUCAGCCGAGGCAUCGCCAAGAUCCCCGGCCUUGAGAAGCUGCUUGAGCACAUCAGCGAAACUCUUACUGCUUUUGUUCUUGGACUUCUGGCGCCCUUUAUUCGUCCAAUCAUCAACCAAGUUUCCAAGGUCCUCAAAGACGGCUCUUCGGGCAUCAUCUCAGCUAGCUCCAAGUCUCAGCUGGAGCCCUGGGACAAUCCUCAAUGCUCUGACCCUACCCACUCUAUGCUGUCCAAGGAUCAUUUCACAAACGUCCUCAACUCUUGCGCUGGUCGCGUCGCUGCAACCUGUCUGCAGUAUUCUGUUCCCCGCAUUCUUUUCGCCUGGGAAAAUAUUAAUGUGCCCACCGAUGAAGUCACCAAUGACAUCCUUCGCGCUUUGCAUCAUCCAUCUCUUCGGGAUGAAAGUAUUGAGAUUCAGCGAGACAUGUUCAAGACUGUUCGAAAGUGGGCUGACGAACAUCCGCGCCGCCAUGAGCUUGAUCGCCUCCUGUCUUCCGAAUCUGUCAAAGCUGGAAAGAAUCAUAUUCUGAACCAAUCCGGCGGAAGUGGAAAGCGUGAUAUCCACUCCUGUGGGGGUGAUUUGGAUGCAGCACACCGAGGCCAUGGCAAGGUUGCCGGCUCGCUCUGGUCUGAAAUUCAGACCCGAGACUUGGCUUCUAUUCAAGGAAGCGAUGGAAACGCGAGCGAGAACUACCUGUCGCACUCGCCUGCGCCGUCCACGAGCCGCCCACCUCCAUCAGACGGAUACAACUACAGCCAGCCAACAUCUGGGCCUUCCGUGGGAUAUAACCAGCCACCUCCUAACCCAGGACAGUACUACUCUGGGUAUAGCCAGGGACCGCCCCCUCCUCAGCAAGGCGGCUAUGGUGGAGGAUAUGGCGGCCCUCCUCCUCAAGGCCCUCCUGCAGGUCAAUGGGGUGGUCAAGCGCCACCCGCUCCCCAGGGUUAUGGUGGUCCUGGCUAUGGUGGCGGCGGUUAUGCGCCUGGUCCUGGCGGUCCUCCCGGGCCUAGCUACGGCGGCCCUCCGCAGCAGCAGCAGCAGCAGUACCCGCCAUACGGGCAGCAGCAGCCUCCUCCCGGCCAAGGUUCCUGGAACCAGUAUCCUGGUCAAGGACCUCGUUACUAA